CAUCCACUCUUCGUCUUUCUCACCGAAACCCUAACCCUAACCGCCGUCUCUGCAACAAUGCCGCCGAAGUUCGAUCCGUCACAAGUCGUCGACGUCUACGUCCGCGUGACUGGCGGCGAAGUCGGAGCGGCGAGUUCACUCGCUCCAAAAAUCGGUCCACUCGGUCUCUCACCGAAAAAAAUCGGAGAAGACAUCGCAAAAGAAACCGCAAAGGACUGGAAGGGUCUCCGAGUCACCGUUAAACUCACCGUGCAAAACCGUCAGGCGAAGGUCUCCGUUGUGCCGUCCGCCGCGGCGUUAGUCAUCAAAGCGCUAAAAGAGCCGGAGCGUGACCGGAAGAAGGUGAAGAACAUCAAGCACAGCGGUAAUAUCUCGCUUGAUGAUGUUAUUGAGAUUGCGAAGAUUAUGAGAGCUAGAUCUAUGGCGAAGGAGUUGCAGGGGACUGUGAAGGAGAUAUUAGGAACGUGUGUUUCGGUUGGAUGUACUGUUGAUGGAAAGGAUCCGAAGGAUUUGCAGCAGGAGAUUGCUGAUGGAGAUGUUGAGAUUCCUCAAGAUUGAGUGGAGAUUGUUAUGAAGGUUUGUUAGUUUUUUAUUUUAUGUUAUUGUUUGUUUUGGUUUUGGUUUUGAUCUGGAUAUUUAUGAAUCUCUAGGUUUAUCAUAUUGACCGUUUUAUGAAUGAAUUUGGGGAUAAAUUGUCAGAUUGUUUAAAUUUUGACCUAUAAUAUAUCAUAUAUUCUAUAAA